GCACUUUCCUGACAAUCCUGGCUCAGGUAUUUACAUCUGUUUAAAACCUUUCUGUCAUGGAUUCUGUUGUAUCUUCCCUGGGUGAUGAGAGAGAGGCAAAGCUGCAGAACCUUUUCUCCAGGCUUGUUCGCUUCCAUCUGCUGUACAAGAGCAAUGAUCAUGGAGCUACUAUCAAGCAGCUUCUCAACAGCUUUGAUUCCAGAGGAAAGUUUGUACUUGUAUUGUUUCAAGAGUCAGGAUCGAUCAGAGGAGGUUACACCAGUAAGUCCCUGAAGCAUGGAAAGCAGUUUGCAGAUACAGAUGCAUUUGUGUUUGAAAUAAAUAAGGACAGAGCCAAAAAGUUUCCAGUGUUAAAACCUGACAAAGCAGUUGACAUCAAUGUACCGACCAAUCAACCAAAACCACUACAGCACUCUGGUUCUGUGUUUGGCCAUGCUUCUUUUGGUCAACCUGUAACUCCUGUUCAGUCUGUAUCUUUAGUUUCUUUUGGAAGUUGUUUGCAGUUGCAAGAAAAUGACCAGUCCAUGCAUGCAAACUUUGGCUCAGAUGGGAUCUAUGGUACUGGAUGGAUUGCAGAGAAUAGUGUGGUCUGCACCAGUGUGGAGCUGCACCGUGUUCAAGAUGUGGGAGAUUUGUUACCCAUGCCUUGGAGAGAACUGUCCUGGACAGAUAAAACAAGAGAGAGCCUGAUGAAGGAUUUUGUCAGCUACAAAAUGCUGUUGGAGUCUUUGCCACAGAUAAAGGUUUUGCUCUUAGGUCCGGUGGGUUCUGGAAAGUCCAGCCUCAUCAACUCCAUCAGAUCCACAAUGUACAAACGCAUUGUACACCUGCCCAACAUCGGCACAGCAGUGGACGGAUUCACUCAAAAGCUAACUACGUAUCAUAUCCGGGAAGUGAAAGGAAGAUCUCCCACUGUUCUCAGUCUGUGUGAUGUGAUGGCAGUAGGGGAUGAAGACUCUCCAGGACUCUCUCUGUCUGAUGCACUGGCUGUUAUCAAAGGCUACGUCCCAGAGGGAUACAAGUUCCAGCGUGAUUUUUCUAUCAGUGAUACAGUAAGUGGAUACAAAGCAGCUCCCACCCUGAAUGACCAGAUUCACUGUGUCCUCUUUGUGCUUGAUGCCUCCAAGCUAACAUCGUACACCAGCAGCCUGAAAUCCAUGCUUAGGAAACUGCACACCUCUGUGUCAGGUAUUCCUCAGCUGAUCGUGCUCACUCACGUGGACCAGGUGUGCCAGGCAGUACAAGAGGAUGUAAAGUUUGUCUACUCAAGCCGAAUUGUGCAGCAAAAGAUGCAAAAAGCAGCAGAGGUUGUGGGAUUGCCAUUGUCCUAUGUGCUGCCAAUAAAGAACUACGAUUCCCUGCUGGCAGUGGACUGCAACGCCGACAUCCUGCUUCUUAGUGCAGUUAUCAACAUCCUACACGCUGUGAAUGACACCCAUGAGGACCAGUACCCUGAUCUUAUUAAGAAAAUGCUUGUAAUGCCAGAUUGAGCAGUUCUAAAGUUGAAUUGAAUUGAAUUUAAUUGAGUUUCCCUAAAUGUAAUACAAGCUUAUACGAUUUUUGUAACAGCUUCAGCAGAUAAAUCUGAAUCAUUCCAUGUGUCUGUAUCACAUUUCUUGUAGUCUCCUUAAAAGGUAAAUUAACACCUCGUAGCAAAGAAAGUGAUAAAUAUGUUUAUUCACACUAAUUACACUAGUAAGCUAGGGUCAAUUUGAAGUAGACAGAUCACCUUUUGCAUGUUCUUGUAAGGUGAGCUAAAACAUGCUUCUGUCCCAACCUUUUUGGAACAUCUUGCAGGCAUUAGAUAUGAAAUAAGCUUAUAUUUAAAAAAAAAAUAAACUUUUUUGCCAUUCCUUUUGUUGCCAUUGAGGUUACUGCAUAUUUGUUUAAAUGUUAAUGCUAGUUCAAAAGUACAUCUGCACACAUCUGAUAUUAGCUGUAUUGUGAUUAAGGAUCCAUAAACUUUUGGCAUAGCAUUAUGUGUAUACAGUAUUAUGAUUUUUACAAACAUUUUGUGAUUCAUAGUGUUUGUUAUUUUGUAUUUGAACAUUUCAUUACUCUAAAUAAAAA